CCCUCCCCCGGGCAGCGCCCCGGGACCGCCCCGCUCCGAUCGGGAGGAGUCGCCGCGGGCACCGGCACCGGCACCGGCACGGGCAGGAGCGGCGGCAGCUCCGCACCAUGGCCUCCGAGAGCGAGGCGCAGCGGGCGCUGCAGUAUGAGCAGACCCUGAUGUAUGGGCGCUACACGCAGGACCUGGGCACCUUUGCCAAGGAUGAGGCGGCCCGGCUGCGGCUGCAGCAGGGGCAGGGAGAAGGGGGCAUCCACCAGCCACGCCGCCCCUCUGAGCUGCUGGAGUACACCCAGGGCCGCUGUGCCCCCUGCCGCGUCUGCGGCUUGCAGUGCCAGCGGUUCCUCAUCUCCAAAGUGGGCGAGGACUGGGUUUUCCUCAUUCUCCUGGGACUGGUCAUGGCGCUGGUCAGCUGGGCCAUGGACUUUGCCAUCGCCACCUGCCUCCAAGCCCAGAAGUGGAUGUACGGGGGCCUGGACACCAAUGUGCUGCUGCAAUACCUGGCCUGGGUCACCUACCCCACCGUGCUCAUCACCUUCUCAGCUGGCUUCACCCAGAUCCUUGCACCACAGGCUGUGGGCUCAGGAAUCCCUGAGAUGAAGACCAUCCUGAGGGGUGUCGUGCUGAAGGAAUACCUCACCCUCAAGACCUUUGUGGCCAAGGUGAUCGGGCUGACAUGUGCCCUGGGCAGCGGCAUGCCCCUGGGCAAGGAGGGUCCCUUUGUCCACAUCGCCAGCAUGUGUGCAGCCCUACUCAGCCGCUUCCUCUCCCUCUUUGGGGGCAUCUAUGAGAACGAGGCGAGGAACAUCGAAAUGCUGGCAGCUGCCUGUGCCGUCGGUGUCGGCUGCUGUUUUGCUGCCCCCAUUGGAGGCGUCCUCUUCAGCAUCGAGGUCACCUCCACCUUCUUUGCUGUCCGCAACUACUGGCGUGGCUUCUUUGCUGCCACCUUCAGUGCCUUCAUCUUCCGUGUCCUCGCCGUCUGGAACAAGGAUGAAGAGACGAUCACAGCGCUGUUCAAGACCCGCUUCCGCCUCGACUUCCCCUUCGACCUGCAGGAGCUGCCAGCCUUCGCUGUCAUUGGGAUUGCCAGCGGCUUCGGAGGUGCACUCUUCGUCUACCUCAACCGCAAGAUCGUGCAGUUCAUGCGCCGCCAGAAGACUAUCAACCGCUUUCUCAUGAAGAAGCGCCUGCUCUUCCCUGCCCUGGUAACGCUGCUUAUCUCCACGCUGACCUUCCCACCCGGCUUCGGACAGUUCAUGGCCGGACAGCUCACCCAGAAGGACACCCUGGUGACGCUCUUCGACAACCAGACGUGGACCAAGCAGGGGCUCAGUGAUGAGUUUGAGUACCUGGGCAUCCUGGAGGCCUGGCGCCACCCGCGCUCCAAUGUCUUUGUCACCCUUGUUGUCUUCAUCCUCAUGAAGUUCUGGAUGUCAGCCUUGGCCACCACUAUCCCAGUGCCCUGUGGAGCCUUCAUGCCCGUCUUCGUCAUUGGGGCAGCCUUUGGGCGCCUGGUUGGAGAGAGCAUGGCAGCCUGGUUCCCCGACGGCAUCCACACCGACAGCAACACCUACCGCAUUGUCCCAGGGGGCUAUGCUGUGGUGGGGGCAGCCGCACUGUCAGGCGCAGUCACCCACACCGUGUCCACGGCUGUCAUCGUCUUUGAGCUGACGGGGCAGAUCUCGCACAUCCUGCCCGUCAUGAUCGCCGUCAUCCUGGCCAACGCCGUGGCCCAGAGCCUCCAGCCCUCCCUCUACGACAGCAUUAUCCGCAUCAAGAAGCUGCCCUACCUCCCGGAGCUGGGCUGGGGCCACCACGAGAAAUAUAACGUGCGAGUGGAGGACAUCAUGGUGAGGGACAUCCGCUAUGUCACCCUCAACUGCAAGUACCGGGACCUGCAGCACGUCCUGCACGGCACCAAGAUGAAGAGCCUGCCACUGGUGGAGUCAGCUGAGUCCAUGAUCCUGCUGGGCUCCAUUGAGCGGGCACAGUUGGGGGCCCUGCUCAGCCACCAGCUCAGCACCCAGCGCCGGCUCCAGGCUCUGCGGCAGAAGGCACUGGCUGACGAUGGCCACCGGGUCUCCAAUGCCAGCAGCAUCCGCUUCCAGAUCAGCACGGAGGCCUCCUCAGGCACCUCUUCCCGCGCUGCCUCCCGCAAGCCCCUGAAGCCAGCACUGAAGAGGGUGCCCAGCAGCCUGGCCGAGAUCCCCCCGGCCGGCACCACUGACCACACUGGCAUCGCCCUCAAGAGCCUCUUCUGUGCCAACACCACUGCAGAGCCCACCGAGGGCACGGCCCAUCGCAAGGCCAAACACGUCCGCAUUUCCAUCAGGGAGGAGAUGGACCUGGGUGACAAGAUGACUCCAGCGGAGAUCUUGGAGUGGGAAGAGCAGCAGCUGGACCAACUCGUGGACUUCAGCAGCGCCAAGAUCGACCCCGCGCCCUUCCAGCUGGUGGAGCAUACCUCGCUGCACAAGACCCACACCAUCUUCUCGUUGCUGGGGCUGGACCACGCGUACGUCACCAGCAUUGGUCGCCUGGUGGGCAUGGUGUCCCUCAAAGAGCUGCGCAAGGCCAUCGAGGGCUCACUGACAGCCAAAGGGGUGAAGGUGCGCCCACCACUCGCCAGCUUCCGCGACAGCACCGCCAGCGCCGGCGAGCCUGACACUACCGCCCUGCACCAGCUCUGGGACCGCCACCAACACCACUCCAUGCCCCGCGAGGCCGGUCCCAGGAGUGACAAUGACAACAACACACCCAAGGGGCAGUGAGACGGGGUCCACCGCAUGUCCCCAGGUGCCACAGGGGUCCUUGGCAGGUGCUGGGAAAUGCCUGCCCUGUGCCCACCUGUGGCGGACUCAGCAUAGGGGUGGGCACCCUCAAUCCAGUGCCGCUGCCCCCACCCUGUGGCAGGGGCUGGCCAGGUGACUCCCAGCCUGCCCAUGUCCCCCACCUUCCAUCAGCUCUUGGGGCUUCCCAUUUCACUACCUCCACCACCCCCAGCCCCUGUGCCUCCUGGCAUAGCCCUCACUCCCCCACCCAUGGGCACCCUAAUGUCCCUGUGUGGGGUGGCAUGUGGGGCAGAGGGGCAUCAGGUCAGGGUGCCCACAGGGACAUGGGUGGGCACAGCCCCCAUCCCCAGCACCUCAUGGCUGGGAAGGGCGGUCCUGCCAUCUCUCCACUGUAUGCUUC